ACUUUUUGACUCGCAUACAUUCCAUCUCGUCCCCAGCGUCACCAUGCUCCGUCUCACCAACACAGCCCGCACCACCAUCAGGCAGCUCUCCACCAGCGCCGUCCGAAGGGAAGAGGCCGCGGCCGUCGGUACCGUCGGUGCUGUCCCCGUCAAGCGCCCCGUUGGUGGCUUCCGAGGAGGUAUUCUUGGUUUCUUCUUUGGCUUUGCUUGCGCCUCUUCUCUCUCCAUCUACUAUCUCCAACAAGAGACUAAGCUCGCUACUGGUCUUUUGACUGCCAGCAUCGAAGAACUCCAGCAGGGUACCGGCAAGAUAACGUCCCAUCUUGACCGGCUCCAGACUGUCGAGAAGGAGCUUGCUACUCUCAAGGCCAACAACGCCCUCAAGGAGGACGUCACCAAGGUCCGAGGCGAGAUGAAGAAGGUCUACGACGGUCUCCAUCUCGAACUCCUCGACUUGCGUGCCCACGUCUGGGGUGUUGAGCAGGAUUUGCAAACGGUAGUGAAGACUGAGUCCAUCAAGAUCUAGAUGGGUUUACAUUAAAAUAACAAUUCAAAAGAAGAAUGUCCAAUGCAUUGGCUCAUACAACAAAUGUGGCCGUCAACAGAAACCUACGCGACCCCCUCACACCCAGUAGAGAGUCCGCUAGCAGCAAGCGGCAAGUAGCAAUAAUUUACUUUUUGCUCUUGUUUUUCGCUUUUCCCCGGCCUUUUCCUCCUCCGCUUGUUUUCCUCGCUCCAAGGUUCAUCGGCGUGCCGUUGGCAAACAACGUUUUCCGCACUACAUCCCCAUCCUUCUCAUCCCCCCCUAGUGUCUUUGUCUCUUCCAAUGGAGACGACUGAUCUUUAUCUCCGGACUGAGCGAGAGGUGGUGAAGACGGUCGUGAGGAAGGUCCUGAAGACAGGGAUCGCGGAAUGGUAGACGUGCGCGACAUGGAGAGGCGAGAUCGAGGCGGUAAUGACUGAAUAGGCAACAUAUAUCUAUAGUUUUUCCUUCUUUCAGCUUUUUGUCGUCGUUUUAAAAACACGUUCAUCAGAGCACAGACUCACGUUCCCGUUUCACGUCCUAUCGUCUCGAUCCUGACACGUUGCUCGUCUGUCAACCGUUCAGUCGAGCCAUAUCCCUGAGGACCUUCAGCAGAUACGAUUGAUUCUUCGCGGUUUAUAGGCAGUAAUAAAGGAUUGUUCUCGCGGGUCUAAUGUGGGACCGCUUUCUGUCAGCAUACUGCUCAGCUGCGAAGACGAAGGGUGGUGACUCACGGGCGAAGUGGAGCUGGGAGCUUUGCCUUUACGGGGACCGCAGCAGAGG